AUGAGCAAGAAUGAACACACCGGUGGAGAUUCAAAUCUUACCGUCGCGCCCAGCUCAUUGUGGACACGCGCCACUGCUGCACGUCAAAUUUGGCGCACGUUCACGACCGCUCUAGCCACAUCUCCACCACUGACACGGACGGUCGCCGACGUUUUCCGCCACCAUCGCCAACUCAGCCGCGACGUGCAGCAAUACCAACACGGAACCUCGCCCGACCCAAACGCGCGUCCCCACUGGGAGCGCGUUCGCGACCGCUUUCUGCAGCACCUUGACCGCGGACGGCCUCCACCACCUGCAUUCUCGCCAAUGCGACGACCAUGCAGACCUGCCAUUGGAACGCCAAUACUGCGCCUGGCCGACCACAAAACACACGCCCCCCCUGCGCACGCAGUUUCCUCCCCCCUCUGGCUCAGGUUUCACGAUCGCGCGUGGCUUGACCACCACGCGGACCUCCCGGCGUGCCAACACCAAUCCCGCGCUGAGCUUCUCGCAAAACACGCGCACCCACUCGGUGCAUAUUUUUCUCCACUAUUUUACUUACACUUUGCUGACAUCCAGCAGUCCCAACACUGCACCUCGCCUGACCCAAAUGCGCGUCCCCACUGCGUGCGCAAUUCGGUGCGCGUUCGCGGCCCCUCUCCACAGCACCUCGACCGCCGACACCCUCCACCACCUGCAUUCUCGCCAAUGCGACCACCACGCGGACCUGCCGUUGGAACGCCAAUACCGCGCCUGACCCACCGCAAAACACGCGGCCCCGCUACGCGCGCCGCCACCUCGACCCUCUCCCUCACACUUCGCGACCGCGCGCGGCUUAACCAACAUGCGGACCUCCCGGCACGCGAAUCCCAAUGCCGCACCUAG